AUGGCGCUUCAGCAGCAGUUCUCGGGGGCCCGGGCGGCGUCUAGGCCGACCCGCCCUGCUCGUGCAGGCAGCGUGGUCGUGCGCGCGGCCGCGGCCGCCGCGCGCGACCCGUCCAAGCGCAUCGUCAUCACCGGCAUCGGCUGCUGCACGGUAUUCGGCAACGACCCAGACACUUUCUACAACAGGCUGCUGGCUGGCGAGAGCGGCAUAUCCCUGAUCGACCGCUUCGAUGCGUCCGAGUUCCCCACCAAGUUUGGCGGCCAGAUCAAGAACUUUGACGACGAGGGCCUCAUUGACAAGAAGAACGCGCGCCGCUACGACGACUGCCUCAAGUACACCCUGGUGUCGGGCAAGAAGCACAUGUAA